AGGGCUGAUAAUCUGGCGGACCUUAUAUGUCAAUUGCUUUACAUUAUGUUUGACAAGUACGACGAGUUUAUGCAAGCUAUGCUGGGCCCACGGUUUGUGGACAAGUUGGUGGAGCAAUUGGAGUGUCACGCGCCCUAUCCUGAGUGGAAGGCUCCGUUGUUGCGAGUGGUGGUGAAUCUGUUGGCUAAGUGUGAGGAUAUUGUGGAAGGCGGUUGGAGUACGCGUGUUGCGUCGGUAGUGACUUUGACUCCGGUGAUUGCCCCGGCUGAUCCGGAGUUUGAGACGACUGAAGAGAACCUUGCGCUACCGGUUCAGGAGGUGCGUAAAGUGACGGAUAAUAGUUCCAACAUCACUGCAGCGGUCAGUCGUGGUACUCAAGAUGCCUGCUGGGCCUUUGUUAAGAGGCUAUGUAACCGACCUCUCAUGACCCACAUGCUAAACACUCUCAAUGAUAAAAGUACCAAGACCAAAGACAUGAUGAAUGAUCUUAACAAAAAAAAACCACGAGUCGGCAAAGAAAUCAUCGCAUACUCUAGAGUACUUGUACAUCUGGCUAAAAUCAACUCCCCACACACCAGAAACGUCAUAUACAAAUUCAUUCCCUCCUGUGUCCGACUACUCUUCAACUUCAAAUGGUGUACUAUUCUUCACAAUACCAUUCACUCUUUUUUAUCCACGAUUGUCGAGUCUCCUACAGAGGAAGCCAUCCGGAUGCUAUUAUUCGAUACGGAAUUUAUUCCGAAAACGGUCAAAGUCGCGCGGCAUUGCUGUAAAGUUCGAAGCGAAACUAACCCUCAAUCACGACGACAACGACAAGCUAAACACCCUUGUGGUAAUACUUGGCAUAUAAUGAGGUUAGCGGAGGAUUUAAUAGCACUAGCCUCCAACGACUCUUGGAUCAAUGAAAAAUUACAAUCAACAAAGCACUGGGAUAAGGUUGCGAGGCAUGUCGAUUACAUCCAGACCAUCAGAAAUCAAGAUCUUGGAGGGCCAUUGCCUAAUGCUCUUACCGAUUUCGGAUUGCAUAUCGCAUCCGGAAACGUCAGAGUGGACAUGAGCGCGUGGGAUCGCGCUCUUUUUGGUCCGUACGACCCCGAGGAUAUUGAUGGACCUAAUAUUGGCGCUCUGCUUCCCAAGGAAGGGGACUUAGCGUUCGCAAAGACCCCGUUCGGGACAAACGUGAACCUGGCGAAGGCCUUGCAUGUUAUGUCGGGUAGAUACAAUGAGCCGGAUGUCGUCUAUCUACUAAACAUGGAGGAGAAUGGGUUCAAGGAAGAAGAAAACUUUGCGUUGAUGAACGGAGGUGUAGAGAAAUGCAAACUUAUUGCUAGCAGAAGCUUGGUACCAUUACCUCCAACUUCUGGAGGUCCUGGAAUAACGACUCCACCGCCGGCGACGACGCGAGCAGCUACUUCUACGACGACGACCCCCAAACCGGCGGAGGCGGUAGCUGGUGGGGUGGUUCGUGAGAUUCCGCGUUUGAGAGAUUCUGCGCUGGAUGAAGUAAGAUCUCCUCCCCUUAGAGUGUUGCAGGCUGAGGAACCGGCUUCGACCGAGGAGGAAGGCACCGCAGGGACAACGGGCGAAGACGAAGAUGACAGCGACUUCUUGGGUGGCACGGUCGACAUAAUGUUCGUGGCGGCGGAUUUGAAUAAGUUAGAAGACGCGGACUUCGGAGAUAAGCCAGCGGAGUAUCACCCAAGUGGCGAGCACUCCUUUGCGAUGAGGGGACGUUUGGCGGUGGGCUGUGAGUGUUCGCAUACGCACAUGGAAGAUACGUGGUUGGGGUUGGACCCGUACAAGUUUUCGAUUCGUCAAGUGCACGUGAAGUGUCCAGACCGCGUGAGUUAUAAGUCAAGCGAAGGCAGGGCGGAGCAGGCUACCACUGAAAUAGCAGAAUAA